CAACUGCUAAUUGUAGAUUAUCACGUGUUGUUGAUUUCAAUUUCUUAAAUUAUCUGAUACUUUAUGGAAAUGAUCACUCGCUAUGCGCAAUAAUCCUUGGCUACACCCAUCUUAUUCCUUGUUUUCUUGAUCCGUGAAGACGUGGAAUAAAUAAUUCUAAAAUGGACUCUGUUAAACGAAGCUGUUAACCACCACUCCCUGCUCUUUGUUUUUAGCAGUAUAAAUAUUGGUCUGGACUAACUGAACUGUAAAAACUCCACCGAACAAUUUCUAUGUGGGAGUCUUCGCGGAUGACGAAAUCAUUAAAAUGUUCGUGGCUCUUUAAGUACGUUUCUGUUCUCCAGGGUCCAUUCUUCAUGCAUCACUCGCCAAUAUCUUUGCAUAUGAAGGCCUAAGUAGCACAUUGGUUGAGCCAGGGGCGCUGUGCAGCGAGCGCCAGGGAGAAAUUCGGAGAUUACGAGCAGCUCCGUUCAUUCAGCACCACGGACAGAAGCCAGCGCGCUACAUUUUCAACGCUCAACUCUCCCUCCGGUGCCACUGUGGGCGUUGUUUUAGAGCCGCAGAUUCGGGAGGAACGUGGGAGCUGUCAUUUCUAAGACACAAUUGCUGGAGCCAGCAUCGUCACUGACACUAACGCUGUCAUCUCCAGCAUAGAAAAUUACAAGUGUUCGGAGUAUGUGAAUUUAAACGAUCACUCAUUGUAAGAUGCCUUUAAAAAAAUGCUGCUUCCAGUAACAACAUAUUUUCAGAUACGUUGAGUCGCUUGGUCUAAAGGAGGAAUUUGGAAGGAAAUGUCAGCGAGUGAACACGCCGGUCACCAAAUCGGAUUUUCAUUGCAAAAAAAAAAAUAAUAGAAGAAAAACGGUGGACUAGCAGCAGAAGAUAAACAUUCGCUGGAUUAACGGAAGGAACAUUUUCUUAUGUCGCUCUUGUCAUACUUGUCUAUGUAAAGGGACACCGGAAAAUGAUGUCUACCGAAAUAUUCUGUUUGUAAAUAGAAAAUAAUGGCGUAGCGUGCUAUUAUUUGCGCUGAAAAGUCCAUUUGUUUAUGAUAACUCGUUUGUCUUUACCGCCUCAAUGGUUCCCUCUAAAAACGUGAUUCUGACACAAACAUGCAGGUGGGCAGUGGGAAAUAUGUGUUUUAAACCUGUAUUUUGCGUUAUUCUAAACGUCUUCCUUUCAGUCUAACGUAUGAAGACACUUUAAGGCUUUAGGCGCAAGCUGACACACGUUCGUUUAGAGUUCCUUUGCUGCUGAUUUCAGAAGUUGGGAGGCUGCAACAGCGACAGGCGAGAAAGCACCUCACAUCCCCGAAAUUAUGGAAUGUGUUUUUGAAGUCGUUUGAUGUCAAGCGUCAGCGAAUCAGGUCAGUUAGGACAUCUCUCCCCACUGAAUUACACUUCGUACCUUUGCAACGGUUUCCUUUCCUGAAAUGAAGCAGAAUGAUGAUGUGUGACAGAGGAGUUCAAAUGCUAAUCACCACGGUGGGGGCUUUCGCCGCGUUCAGUCUGAUGACAAUCGCGGUGGGGACGGACUACUGGCUGUAUUCAAGAGGAGUGUGCAGGACCAAAUCGGCCAACGACAAUGACACCAGCAAGAAGAACGAAGAAGUGAUGACCCACUCUGGGUUGUGGAGAACCUGCUGUCUUGAAGGGACUUUUCGAGGAGUCUGUAAGAAGAUCGAUCACUUUCCUGAAGAUGCGGACUAUGACCAGGAUGCAGCAGAGUACUUACUGCGUGCCGUCAGAGCCUCUAGUAUCUUCCCCAUCAUGAGUGUGGGCCUCCUGUUCAUGGGGGGCCUGUGUGUAGCCGCCAGUGAGUUCUACCGGAGCCGCCAUAACGUCAUCCUCAGCGCAGGCAUCUUCUUCAUCUCGUCAGGCCUCAGCAACAUCAUCGGGAUCAUCGUCUACAUCUCGGCUAACUCGGGCGACCCCGGCCAGAGUGACUCGAAGAAGGGCUACACGUACGGCUGGAGCUUCUACUUCGGCGCGCUUUCCUUCAUCAUGGCCGAGAUGGUGGGUGUGCUGGCCGUGCACAUGUUCAUCGAGAAGCACCGCAAGCUGCGCGCCAAGUCCCGCACCGAGCUCAUCAAGAAGUCGGCGUUCAGCCGCAUCCCCAGCUACCGCUACCGCUUCCGCCGCCGCUCCAGCUGCCGCAGCAGCGAGCCGGCCUCGCGCGACGCGUCGCCCAUCGGCAAGGGCGGCUACACGGGCCCCGCCGCCGCCGACAUCUCCAUGUACACGCUGACGCGGGACCCCAGCAAGUCGGCCAUGGGAGCGCUGCUCAACUCGGAGCGGGAGUUCCUGCAGCAGACGCACAACUCCAACACCAAGGACUUCAAAGACGCCGCCAACAGGAGGACCACCCCUGUUUGAAACGAGUGAGAAAGAAGGAGAGAGAAAGUGAGAGAGAGAGAGAGAGAGAGAGAGAGAGAGAGAGAGACACGGACAGGUAGCUAGAGAAAAAGCAAAAGAGAGAGAGAGAGAGUGUUAGAGAGAAAGAGACCAGCAUAGAAACCAUACAGGUUUAUAAGGGUUAGUCUGAGCGGUGUCACAUAUUUUCAGACAUCUGAGUGGGCUCCAGAGGCCUAAACCCUUACUGCAGCCAAAGGAAGAGCACUGGAGGUCUUUGGGGCUGCCACCCUCUUUCUAUAACACUAUAUUUAAAUAUAGAUGGUUAAGUGUUAGAUCAUUGGUGCUUCCUUUUAUUCUCUCCCCUUUUUCAGCCACCCUUUCAUUUCUCCUGUAGUCAAAUAAAAAAAUAAAAAAAAACAUCCUCCCCUUCCCAAGGGCUACUUGGAUGAAAACAAUAUCUUGUCCCCUCAAUCUCCCCUCGUCAAAGUAGCUCUGAUGUUUCCCUUUUUUUAAUUCAGAAAAAAAUGUACGUGGUGGCUCGGGUUAUUUUAGAGCGAUGCACAAAUCUUCUGGGGUCUCCUCCUCGGGAGCGGAGGGCCAACGCCUGAGCGGCCGACUCUUACUCGCUCUGCGCCUUACGAGACAGUUCAGUACCUUUUGGCUGGGGGAGUGGCACACCUCUCGCUCCUAGUGAUUGUACACAACUGUGACAAACAAGAAAAGAAAAGAAAA